ACCCAUUGACUUGUUUCUCAUUCGAUUGGCGUCAUCGUACAAACAACAACUUCAUCAAUGGGACAGAAUAGUGCUUGUGAGCAAGAUAGAGACUUUGCACAAGGUCAAAUUUUUACACGUUUCGACAAGUAUCACCAGAGAGAACAAGAACAGAAACGAGCUUUUGGUCAGCUUCGUCAGGUUUCUUCCACCAAUGGUCUAGAAUCAGCCAGUGCUCUCUCCAAGAAACAGAGAAAGAGCAUUCACGGAACAAGAUCCAUCUCUAAUCCUUCCUCUCCAGGUGGAUCACAAUCAUAUUCGAGUAGUUUUGGUUCUUCAACAGAGUACCAACAUCAUCAUCCUGUAAAUAUCAGCAUCACACAUACAAAUAAUAAUAAUUUAGGAGAAGUAUUUAAUUCUCUGCCAAACAUUGUUGGAGGAGGUGAUUCACCUAAUUCACUCUCUCCAGCAACUCCACAAUCAGCAUCAACUGCAUCAUCGAGGAGAAGAGGACACUCCUCAGCAUCACCACAAUCUAACUAUUUUGUAAAUAAUAAUCAAACUCAAUUAAUGAUUAAUCAGGACGUUAUUGAAGUAAAGAAGAGAAAUGAUCAGGAUUCUGAUGAUGAGGAAGAGGAUCCAGCUAUUCAGAGAAGAUCAAGAAGAAAAUCAUUAUCACUUUUUAAGAAUGCUAAAAAAGUUGACAUGUUUUAAUGUACAUAAAAUUACAAUUUCCAUUUAAA